AUAAACACUCGCCAUUCAAGCCACGUGCCGUCUUUAAGUAAGCAACGCCCAUUUGCACGGAUUGGCCCAGAUCAAUUGGCUGCCUUCAUUGUCAAACUAGUGAGUGACGAUUAAAAAAGAACCGACGACAUACACCCUGUGAUGGCUUUGUCACGGUAUGUGCCCAUCAGUUUUGAGGACGAGAGAGACUUGUGGAGACCGAAUCUUAGCCUUGAGCCUAGCUGGAUCAGUCCGCAGUAUAACCGCUGGAGCUUGGACAGGUCACCGCGCUUCCAACCUCACCACCAGCAUCACACUGACCUAGUACCUUUCUCUAACCAGCGUCUAGCACCCAUCCGAGAUUUUGACCAGGAAUUAAGACAACUCAGCAACAACAUGAGUCGCAUGUACCAAGAUAUGCUGACCUUGGUGCCGUCAAAGGCCCUGCCGACGGACAUCCACAUGAAUGAAGAGCUGAGGAUGGACAACCCAAUCGUCACCGACAUGAACGGCAAGAAAAAGUUUCAGCUGCAGUUUGAUGUGCGGCAGUUUCGACCAGAAGAAAUCAGCCUGACAACUUCAGAUAACAUCCUCACCGUCCACGCUUGUCACGAGGAGAAAAGCGAAGGGAAAUCGGCGUUCCGUGAGUAUAAACGACAGUACACGAUCCCUCCGGUAGUCUCAGCACAAGCCUUGACUUCCAAACUCAGUCACAAUGGUAUUUUGUCAAUAGAAGCCCCAGUACACAUGAGUGACACAAUGAUUCCCAUCAAACACCAGUGAUUCUGACACAGGACUGGGACACAUCUGACUCCCUGAUGACAACCUUAUGAAUAUGCUCUGUGGACUUAACUCUGGAGAUCGCUGAAAUUCUUACCACUUUUGUCAUUCGAGGGAUGGCAGAAGAAAAGAAGAAAAAAAAAGAAAAAAACGCAGAAGAAGGAGAUGAUUCGGUAGAAUCAGACUGUUCUGAUCAGAGUACGUACAGGUACUUGUAAAUACAUGAAGUCCUUCAUUUUGGAGUCGAUAUCACAUUUCUGUGAAUUAACAAACGUUUGAAGAAAACAGAACUGUAAGUUUAUGAGGAUUUUAAUGGCCUGGAAAAUCCAGUAAGAAGCAAUAUUGUUGGUUGUUGCUACAUGUAUUUUAUGAUCAAACUGGUAAAAGCAUACUACAGAGUGCAUCUAAUCUAUUGACCUGAUAAUGUUGGAUGAUAUGAAGACUGUUCUUGGUGAUAAUUCUGGAAACU